AUGGCCGUCUGGGGCACUUUCAUGAACCCAAGGCACCCCUACAUUUCAGGACACCUCCUUAAAAACAAGAACUGGACUAUACUCACUUUUAUUUCAGGGGUUGGUGCGGUUCCCUAUUACGCUCUGAAUAUUCUCCUACCUCAACAGUUGAGCCUGGUGCUCCAUGUCUCACCAUCUGUGGCAGGGUGGGCAUCGGUAGCUGACCUCUUCAAGUGUGUUCUAUCUGGAGGUAUCGUCCUCGGAGCCAUUAUCCAGGGAGCUUUGCCUCCCCAUUGGAUGCAGAAGCUUGGUAUCACGAUCAAAAUGGAAAUGAUCAUCUGCUGUAUCAUCUUUGCAGUUUUCCUUGGUGCAAUGGCUGAUCCAAACUUGACGCUUGCUAAAGCAACUAUCUUCGGCAUGAUAGCAUUGACAGCUCAAGGGAUAUUCGAGUCGCGAUGCGUCGCUGCUGCCUCUCUCGAGGUCGAUCAAAAGGACGUUGGACAAUCGAACGGAGCGCAGAUGAGCUUUCGCAACAUGGUCACGUCUAUUGCAAGCGCUAUAUUUGUCACCACGCUUAACAACACGAUCCCUAAGAAUGUGCAUAAGUACGUGGUUCCGGCAAUAGCUAAGACGGGUGCAUCUCCAGCCAUUACCGAGGCGCUGGCGCUGGCUAUCGCAAGCGGCAACGCAACUGCAAUCGCCGAAAUCCAUGCUUCACCAGCUGCAAUUCAAGCAGGUAGUGCAGCAAUGCAGCUUGCCCUAGUCAAGUCCUAUCAGUUAUUGUACUAUAUCAGCUUAUCCUUUGGAGGUGCCAUCACUAUCGCGGCAUUUUUUCUCACCUCUCACCUUAUGCAGAGCAGGCUUACUACCGAGAUCCCACGGCGCCUGCAAGAUGUAGGUAAGCAGCGCCAGUCGGACUCUGAAGCUGCGACUCCCACUUCGGAUCACGAGAAGUAG